CGGCGAUGACCUGACGACCUCUACCCUUACCUUGUCAAGUAACAAAUCAGGAUAAAAAGCUGCUGGCUGAAUGGUUUCUACAAGGUGAACUCGCACCCGGGUUGAGGACAGUGCAUGCAGUAAGUGUGUGGUACCUGCAGCGCAAUACCAUUGACGGGUGACGAGUGUGUGCCAAGUGAAGGUCUACCUACUCCCACGGUCUACACCGCGUUGGAUCUGGACUAGUUCGACGUUGAACUCAAGUUCCCAGCGUUUUGUUGUUGGCCGUCAUGGAGCUGAGAGUGCUGCAUCCGCUGAUUUUCCUCGUAGGAGUGGCAAGGAUUACAGAUUGUCAGACACCCACCUUGCCGCCCACCAACGUCCAAGUCCAGUUCACCGGCCCCAAGUCUUUCAUCGUGGCAUGGGAUCCCCCUCCGCACCCUGUCACGGGCUACGUCCUGGCCUACAGCGGCGGCAAUGUCCAAAUCGACGGCCACCUGACAAACACCGAGGUGGUCAGCGAGCACACCCUAGACCCUGCGAGGUUCUCCAUGGGGCUGUACUCUCAGACGUCGGCGGGCUUCAGCACCACCGAGAGCUUCGCAAUUCUGCAUCCCGGAGAUACAAGAAUCCCCCCGACCCCAUCGGGAGUCCGCAACCUGAUCCUCCCUAACACGCUGGAGCUGGAGUGGACCACGCCGACUCGAGGCGAGUUCGAGUUCUACCGUCUACUCUUCUCCAAGAACGGCCGGGACCAGCUGGCGGUGGACCUGCCCCCGACAGCCACCUCGUACUCCAUCUACGAGAUCAGCGGGGAGUUCUACACGCGCCUGUACUGCAUCAGGAACGGGAUCACCAGUGAGGUCGGUGAAUGGCAGGAACGGACCAGAACUGUAAAAGCCCCUUCACCGCCGAGGGAUGUAUACAUCCAACAGACGGAUGAUCUAUCCUUUACCAUUGCCUGGACGCCCCCCGAUGACGACAUCGAUGGCUAUGUCCUGAUGUACAGCCCCAACGACGUUUUACCGGAGACGAAACUCCUACUCAACACCUCCAUGACAUACAUGCACGUCGUGUGUGAGGUGCCCAUCACGUCCCAAUUCCGAAUUGGGUUCGUGUCCGUCAGGGGUCAACUACACAGUGACCCUGGCCACGUGCAGCUGCUUCUACCCGGCCACCACAAGUUGCCUCCGAUUCCAGUCGUCACACAGCGCCUCUUGACACCGUCCACGGCCCGCUUGGAGCUGAGCCCGGCACCAGACCGGUUGGACUUCGACAGGUAUCAGAUGACCGUGAACCGGACCGGUGUGCUCCUGUCCAUGCCACUCAACAAGGACGCGACGGGGUACAUGGUGGACGAUCUAACGCCUGGCGAGGAGGCUACAGUGCGGAUCAUCACCGUACGCAACGGCAUCAAGAGUGAUCCGUUAGUGAUCCGGGUUCCGGAUCCGCAAGUCACAAAGCCAAGUUCGCCAACGUUCCUAAGGAGGCUCAACCUGGACGGCUCCUCCAUCCUGCUCAACUGGGGCACGCCCUCCCCUCCCUUUGACCACUACUACCUGGACGUCCGGCGGGACAACGCCCGUUCGGCCUCCGACCAGACCCAGUGGUCGGUCCGCCUGAACAAGACCACCACCAAUUUUCUCCUCUCGGACCGGAAGCGGCGGGAGCGGUACAAGUUCACCCUGUACUCGGUGCUGGGCGACUACGAGGCGUUCAGUAACGGGGUGGAAUCCCACGCGGCCCCCAGGGCUCCAACCCAGUCUGGCGUCAGACUCGGCGCAGUCACCCUGCACGCCAUCCAGGUAGCCUGGGAGCCGGUCCUGAAUGCCAGCGAGUACCGGCUCAGCCUGGUCAGCGACUCCGGCGAGUCUCGCUCCGUGAGCGUACCCGUUGUCGACGGGGCGGUGGCGCCCAGGGUGCUGGAGCAGGUCUUCCUGGGCCUGGAGGAAGCGAUGGGCUACUGGGUGGUCCUGGACGCGGUGAUUGCUGGGAAGGCAAUGGCCGUCGGCUGGCUGCAGACUCAAACAGCCUCAUCCCAGGGUAACAUCAGGCUGGUCAGCUACCCGCCCAGCACCGUGGAGGCCGUCUGGCCGGCCCAUCCCGGGGCCUCCGGCUACAUCGUCUCGGUCAUCAGCUCUUCCGGGGACGACGUACGGGACAUACCGAUCACGGACUCGCUGAUCACCGUCUACGAUGUCAGGACCGAGGCGCCGUACGAGAUCGGCAUCCGGGCGGUCGUGGACGGCGAGGAGGUGGGCGUCGGAGGGGUCACCCAUGUCAUAGCCCGAGACACCAAGCCGCCAAUCAUCAUCAGCUGCCCCACCGACAUCACCAAGACCAUCCCGCUAGCUUCCGGUGGGGUCAACGUCUACUGGAUGCAACCGGAAGCCAUGGACGACUCGGGCCUCUCGCCCCUCACCCGCUCCUCCCGAGAGCCCGGCGAUCACUUCCAGACGGGGACCGAGGUCGUCUCCUACGUCUUCAUCGACCCGUCCGAGAACCGGGCACACUGUAACUUUACUGUCACCGUCAGCGAAGUUGACUCAGAACCACCAAUGAUCAGCGGUUGCCCCCCAAACAUCACCACACCCGUAUACUCUCACCUCCUAAACGACGGACUGGCAGUCGACUGGACAGAGCCAGACGUCCUGGACAACUCGGGUCACAUCCAGUCCGCAAAGGCAACUCACAAACCGGGGUCAAAGUUCAAACCAGGCUCGACAGUUGUGACGUAUCGCUACACCGAUCCGUCCAACAACGUGGCGACUUGCAGUUUCUCAGUGACUGUGCAACUGCUUGAGGAUCUCGUCCCUCCGACGAUAAUGAGCUGCCCGAGUGACAUGCACGAGACGAUUCGUCUAGGCGUGUCGGGCGUGCUGGUGACCUGGGCUGUACCCCAGGCCACCGACGACAUCGGCCCGGUGCGGCUGCUCGGCGGCUCCCACGAGCCGGAGUCGGUGUUCCACGUGGGCCGAACGCCGGUCUCGUACAUCUUCGCCGAUAUGGCGGGAAACAGAGCCACGUGCAACUUCACCGUGACGGUGGAGGCAAUUGACGAUGAACUGCCGGUCAUCCUCCGAUGCCCAUCGGACAUCAACAAGACCACACCGGGAAACGCCACAUCGGGCGUGAUCGUAAAAUGGAACAGGCCCAAAGUCCGGGACAACUCCAACCUGCCGGUGACGUGGACGACAACGCACCGGUCCAACUCGGCUUUCCCCGCCGGCCAGACCAACGUGACGUACACGUUCACCGAUGCGUCCAACAACACCGCCACCUGCGAAUUUGUGGUGACCAUUUUGGAAGCUCCAUCAACAACGACACAAAUUCCUUCCACGACAACAAUGCCGACAACAACCACGCCAAUUCCUACCACUACAACACCGAUUCCAGCAACUACAACGCCAAUUCCAACAACUACAACGCCAAUUCCAACAACUACCACGCCAAUUCCAACAACUACAACGCCAAUUCCAACAACUACCACGCCUAUUCCAACCACUACAACGAUGCCAAUAACCACAACACAAAUCCCUACCACCACAACCCCCAUUCCAACAACAACAACAACGCCGAUUCUAACAACUACAAUUCCAACAACUACCACACAAAUUCCAACCACAACACCGGUUCCAACAACUACCACACAACUUCCAACCACGACGCCAAUUCCAGCAACUACAACCGAAAUUCCAACAACGCCGAUUGCAACAACAGUUCCAACCACUGAUCUUGCAACAACGCAUGAGCAUACCACUCCAUCAGAUGUAGCGACUACCACAUUGCAUGGCUUAACCUCUCCUCGGGUUGUCGAUCUAACUACCACUGCAUACCUUGGUACCACCGUUGCGGCAAGGGUUACAAUCGGAAACAUACCAAUCGCUAUAACGGCUGGAGAGUACGGUAUAUGUGAUUGCUAUGUGGAUGCGAUCAACUUGGCGUACAUGAGUGACUGUGACAUGCCGACAAACUGUGACGCCGACAAACUCCUGGCAAACCUGACUGACGUAGCAGUCAACUCGCAGAACGUCGAAAGUUUCACCGGAGCGCUGAGAGUGAUAUCAACGGCCCACGGUACCAUAUCGGCCGAGGGCAUCGAGUCAUACACCACGAUCCUGGAGCACAUAUCCGUGGUCGGAUCCACCUCAUCAAAUGUUGCCACAAAUGUAAUUGAAUCAGUUGACAACAUGCUGAAUGUGCCUCAGGAGGAAUUCCACAAAGCGCAGGAGAGAAGUCUGGCCAACACGAGAAUCCUCCGAUCCCUGGACUUCCAUCUCCUGUACGCUCAUCGGGGCGGCGAGAAUUUCGUCAGCACCGAGUCCAACCUGGCGGCCUGGACCGUGUCGGUCCCCCGCAACUCCAGCGUGACCUACACGGUGCGGACCGGCGGGGCUUCCACGCAUUUCUCUGGGGAAGGGGAGACCGUCGACGAGGUGCAAACAUCGGAGUAUGACGAUGUCGUCGUGUCGAUUUCACUUCCAACCGAGGUGUUUUGGUACGACUCUGCCCGAGGAACGGCAUCCUCAUCCUACCCGGCUAUUUUCACCUUUUACAACGACACCAAGUUAUUCCAACCAGAGGAAGAGGUUGACAUCAACAGCGCGGUGAUAGCUGCCAGCGUGGCCGGUGUCAUGAGGGAGAUAUACCUGCACAACGACUCGGCGAUCAUCACGCUCAAACCUUGGCAGGAGUAUCACGGCCGGGAGUCAGAGUGCGUGUUCUGGAACCGGUCCCUCGCUGAGGGUGACGGGGCCUGGUCGACCAACGGAUGCCACCUGGCCCACACGCUGGCAUCCGGCCACAUCGUCUGCUCCUGUAACCACCUUACUCACUUUGCACUGCGUCUGACACCCAAAGUCUUCAUGAUUGACAUCAUAGUCUUUGCUGGCUGCGUGUUGAGCAUCGGCAUGUUGACGGCUGCUACCAUGAUCAGUAUGUGCAUAUGGAAAAACUCAAGGAGUCAGGCAGGGACUACCACCCUCGUUCACUCGUCGGCCUGGGUGGGAAUUGAACCAUGGUCACAGUGGCGGAAGGCAAGGGCUAAGAUCCCCCAACGCACCGUCAUCAAUCUCUGCAUAGCGCUGCUAUUCCUGAGCGGGCUGUUCCUGGGCGGUAUCGACCAGAUCAAGCUGGCGGACGGCAUCGGCUGCACCGUCAUCGCCGCCCUGCUACACUACUUUCUGCUGGUGGCCCUGAGCUGGACCGCCGUCGAGUCGCUCAACCUCUUCUGGCAGGUGGUUCUCGAACGGGACGAGUUCCUAAACAGGUCCAUCGUGCGGGUGACCGUCGGAUGCUGGGGUGUACCUCUACUAUUUGUAGCUUACUCCCGAGUCAUCAUCUACUUAGUAACUGAUAGCUGGACAGAGAACAGCAAAUUCUGUUUCCUAAACCCCGGUAUUGCCCUGUACUCUGGCGUGGUUUCUCCCAUUGUCUUGCUACUCGUCUUCCAUCUUUACAUCAUCUGCAUGAUGCUACGCAAGCGUCUCUGCAACCGCUUCGGCAGCAGCGACCGCCAGGUCAUGCACGCCGUCCGGCGCUGCAAGCUGACCCUGGCCCUGAGCGUGCUCGUCGCGCUGGAGUCGGCCGCCUGCUACGGCAUGCUGCUCCACGUGGACUCGGUGCUCUACCGGGCCGUCUUCAGCGUCAUUGCCUUCUGCCUGGGGGCCGUCCUCCUGGCCGGCGUGUACUGCCUGGGCAGGAAGGACUUGCUGGACAAAGACUGCGGCUUCUGCUGCCGCAUCACCAUCGGGAGGACCUCGGCCUACCACGUGCAGAAGAAGAUGGUCGGCAAGAAACUCUGCCGGAACAACGGCGGGCCCAGAAGCAAGUCACCCAGCACCUUCCGCGCCACUCGCUUCACACGAGUGGGAACGUUCCGCGCGCCCAUAUGGAAGGGUGAAGAUGUUUAAUGGAUCGAAAGAUCGUUUAGUAUUAGUAUGUACAAAACAUAGCGUUGAUAAACCAACUUUCAAUUGUGCCAAAUUAUUAAGAUAACAAGCAGAUUUUUUUUAAAAGCCUACAUUUUAUAUUGGGGGAUGAAAUGGUCGCGCACAAUAUUAUUGUACGAAUAUAAUAUAUACGGGCUGUCGAUAACAAGACUAAACAAUUUAUUGGAGUUUUACAUGAUCUACGAUCAUAUCUUGCAUAUCAUGGAUGUCACGGGGGCCGGCGGAAGGAGGGGGUGCUUGCCCCCUCCCCCCCCCCCCCGGAAAUGCAACAAACAAAAAAGAAGAAAACAAAGAAGACGAGGUCCGAAGUAAUUUAAUACUCGGACUAAUACAUAAAUUGCCAUAGACACCUACGGUAAAUACCCUCACUUUAAAAAAAAAUCAUGUUUUAAAAAAAUCCUUGAAACUCUCAAAUAUCGUUCAUUAGCAGGACACACAUCAAUAUCAAACUUUCAAGAACCAUAUCUCUUCCUCUGUUUAUUUUAAUUGGGUUAUUUGAGACCGUCUCGAGCCCUUUUUUUUGCGGUCUCGGUCUCGGCCUGCCAAAAGUUUCGGUCUCGGAAGAGCUGAACUUGGUCUGGGUCUCAGAUGACUUGGUCUCGGUCUCGGACAUGGUGGUCAAGAUCUCGACUACAACACGUGCGAUUGCAGAGAUUUUGGGCAGUCGUGAAUUGUUGUAAAUCGGAUUUUACUUGCGGAAAUACUUUUAUUUUUUU